UUUAACCAAAUCAAACGAAAUAUUCAAAUUAACCAAACGAAAUUAUUCAAAUACUAUCAUUUAAUACGAUUACCAUGAUAACCACACCAUUUAAACUUUCAACACCCCUAGUAAAUUAGCACAAAAUCCACCCAUCGGAUCUACAUAAACCUACCCACCCAACCCCUGGACGACGAGCAGCACAAAAUCACAGGUGGGCCAGUUCUGGGUAGUUUCGGAAACAAGGAAAAGAUCUAGAGAGAGGGAGAGGGGGGAAAAUGCCCGCUUUUAGCAAGCUGGGCGUUCCGGAGUUGAGUUCUCACUUCUCAGCCUCUCUGGUUUUGAUUGUUGGCUGGCGGGAUCGCCAUGGCCUGGCCUCGUAACAGCAUUAAACAUAAAAAACUCCGCCAAAUAUUUUAUUUUCAUCUAAUUUUAAUUAUUUCCUCACGCAUUUAAAUAUUGGAAUUUCCAUUUUUCCUCAGCUAACAUUUCCUCGCAGCGGUGCAGUUCCUUUCCCCCUCUUUUUUUCGCUCCUUCGCCAUCACCAACCAUCGUCUCCUGAUUUCUGUUGACUCUCCUGGGAAGGUGCUUUCUAGGGUUUUCGGCUGCUGCUGCUGCCGCUCGGCGCCAAAACCACCAAAAAUAGAAAAUGGCUUUCUCCAGUCUCGUCAGAUCCGCCGCCGCCGCACCUCUCGCCGAUGCAGCUUCCCGAUCCACCCUCUCCCCUUCCUUCUCCUGCGAUCGCAUCAAGGUUUCUAGCGUUGGCUUCUCUUCAAAGGGCGUCUUCGGUACCCCGGUUCCAACUACCUCGUCUUCAUUCCAGACUCGCACUGGAAGAAGUAUUCAGCCCAUCAAAGCCACAGCUACUGAAAUUCCUCCCACUGUUCUGAAAUCUCGGACAGCCGGGAGGACAAAGAUUGGGAUCAAUGGGUUUGGUCGUAUCGGAAGAUUGGUUCUGCGUAUUGCCACAUCUAGGGACGAUGUGGAAGUGGUGGCAGUCAAUGAUCCUUUCAUUGAUGCUAAGUACAUGGCUUACAUGCUCAAGUAUGAUUCUACUCAUGGAGUUUUCAAUGGAUCCAUCAGUGUUGUGGAUGAGUCUACCUUGGAAAUAAAUGGAAAGCAACUCAAAAUCUCUAGUAAGAGGUAUUGGCUGGUACCUUACUCACCAUUAGUUAUAGCCUUAAUCUUCCAAUGCUUUCAGUGGGCUAACUUGCUUUGUGCACCUUUUCUACAUUUUAUAAAGGGAGGUGCUAAGAAAGUGGUCAUAUCGGCUCCCUCUGCCGAUGCGCCAAUGUUUGUGGUCGGAGUCAAUGAGAAGACAUACCAGCCAAACAUGGAUGUUGUUUCUAAUGCCAGCUGCACAACAAACUGUCUUGCUCCGCUUGCCAAGGUUGUUCAUGAGGAGUUUGGUAUUCUUGAAGGGUUGAUGACAACUGUUCAUGCAACUACAGCUACCCAAAAGACAGUUGAUGGUCCAUCGAUGAAAGAUUGGCGUGGGGGCCGUGGAGCUGGUCAAAAUAUCAUUCCAAGUUCUACUGGUGCAGCAAAGGCUGUUGGAAAGGUACUUCCAGAGCUCAACGGAAAGCUUACCGGAAUGGCUUUCCGUGUGCCAACACCUAAUGUCUCUGUUGUGGACUUGACUUGCCGGCUUGAGAAAGGUGCAUCAUAUGAUGAUGUGAAAGCUGCUAUUAAGUAUGCAUCUGAGGGGCCAUUGAAGGGUAUUCUUGGAUAUACUGAUGAGGAUGUCGUUUCCAAUGAUUUUGUUGGUGACUCAAGAUCAAGUAUAUUCGAUGCGAAGGCUGGGAUAGGGUUGAGCAAUUCCUUCAUGAAGCUGGUGUCUUGGUACGACAAUGAGUGGGGAUACAGCAACCGCGUGCUGGACCUCAUAGAGCACAUGGCACUGGUGGCAGCACAGAAGUAAGAUGGUGUUAGAGAGGGGAGGUUCUCUGCUGUAAUUGCUCAUGCUGCUGUGUUGUUGGUCGAAGGAUAGUAGUUUGGGAUUUGGUAGAGUGGUUUUCUUCCAUUUUGGCGUGAGAGUUUUCUUUUUGUUGUUGAUUUCAAUGUCAAAGGCAAAAAUAAUUGUGUUGAAUUGAACACAUAUUGACGUCAGUCAAGCUGGGACUGGCACAUACUCUCUCAAUGUACGAGAAUUGAAGCAUGGUGAACUGAGUUAGCCUCCUUGCUUCGGUCUAAUUUGCUCUACAGCUUAUAUUAUUAUAUGAAAUGCCAUACUGAUUCAGGAGUUAAUUUGUUCGGGAGUUAAUUUGUU